AGGCUGCUCGUUUUGUUAAGUCGCUGUGCAGUUGGUUCCAAAUAUUCUCAAUACCAGUUUGAGUUCAAAUCCUGCGCGCGGGCGUGUGUGUGUGUGGUAGUGCCGUGCCGUCCAGAGUCUUCAGAACGAUGUUCACCAUGGGAAAAUGUAUCCUGGUCUCAUGCCUCAUUUGGAUGGUGGUAUUGAAGGUCGAGGCAUCAUGGGCCCCACGUGUGAAUGCAUCCCAAGCGCAGGACGGGAUGUGCCAAUGCACGGUCCUCGUGGCUGACUCCGUCUUCCCAGCCGAUCGUGUCGAGUCUCUGCAAGAGACUUCACGGACUCUGGCUUUACGCGUGGAGGCGCAGGCUCAGAAGCUGCAGCACAUGGAGGCGACCGUGUCGCUGUACGCGGUGAGACUCGCCAACUUGACCCGGAGGCUCGAGAGCUCCUUCCUCGGCGACGUCUCCAUCACGGAGCUCGACUUUGAGCUGCUGCGGGCCGAGGUGAAGGAGAUGGAGUUGCUCAUCCUGGAGCUCAAGUCGACGAUGGCCGUCAGCAAUCCCGUCCUGGAGAUCCUCCUGGAAGAGGUGGGCAAUGUGAGCGCGACGGUGAACGCGCUCGAACGCUUCGACAAGAACAGCGUCCUGGAGGUCCGACGGCAGGUCGCGGGGCUGCGGAGACGUCUGCAAGAGUGCCAGUCUCAGAACCACAGCUCCACGCCUCGUCCGCUCCCACACUGGAGCUGCGAGCGUAGCGAUCUUGUCGGCGUCGGCCAGCCGCUGCUGCACCAGCUCAACUGGCGCGGUUUCCCCUACAAAUACGGUGCCUGGGGAAAAGACGGUGACCCUCCUGCCGGCAAAGAGGAGUCCUACUGGGUGGCACCGCUCAACACGGACGGUCGUCUCAUGGAGGUCCUGCGAAGCCACAAAAACUACAACGACCUGCUGACAUUUCGCGCCGCGGUCGACAAAAACCUUUUCACAACCGACUCCCGGGGAAACAAGAUCUACACCAACACGCCACAGGGCGCGGGGAUGGUUGUGUACCGCAACCACCUCUACUUCAAUUGCUACAACACGCGGGACGUGUGCAAGGUGAACUUGGACACCAAUGUCAUGUCGCGUAAGCCCCUUGCCGAGGCCGUGUUCAACAACCGUUUCUCUUACUCCUCUAGCACCUGGCAAGACUUUGAUUUCGCCGUCGACGAGAAUGGGCUCUGGCUAAUCUUUUCCACCGAGGCGAGCGGUGGGAACGCGGUGUUGGGCAGGGUCAACAAAACCGACCUCUCGGUGGGAGAUAUCGUCAAGACGAAUUUGUACAAGCCAGGCGCGAGCAACGCGUUCAUGGCAUGCGGGAAGCUCUACGCUACUCGUACGGUCAGCACGAGCAAGGAGGAGGUGUUUUACGUGUUCGACACGAGCACGGGUCGCGAGACGGUGAUGGAAAAGCCGAUAGUGAUGGACAAAAUGGUGGAAGUCGUCCAAAGCCUGAGCUACAAUCCAAUCGACAACAAGCUGUACAUGUACAACGAUGGCUAUCUCGUCACCUACGAUUUGAUUUUCAAGCAGUAAUAGCCAUGAGCCGGGAUAAGAAUGUUCAGAUAUAAGUGUGUUGUGAAUGUUUUUUUUGCCGAUAAGUUCUUUCUUGCUCCUUUCGAUAAUGUUUGUGUUACUCUUACUUGCAUUAUUAUGAUGAUUAUUAUGAUUAUCCUAGAGAUCUGCCUAGACAAUAAGGUGGGGGGGGGGAGCACGCCAUUGGCUACGUACGGUGCGAAAGAAGUUCGACGUACACGCGUAAGUACGGACAACAUACACGAACCGCACGUGACGAGGAUGGGAUUGAUGCGGGCCCACAUCGAUCGCACGCCAUCCGACAGCUGUCACGACGGGAAGGCGCCGACGUUUCCCGCCGGCCUUAACCCGGCGGGGGAACGGGCGCGUGAGGACGCGCGACUCGAGCAUUCUUCAGCGGCUACUCAAGAAUCUUCAUGGCCAUAAAGCACCGCAGUGUAGCAAUUGAUCAUAUUGAACGCAUCAA